UCAAUUUUCAAAGCAACGCUAGAGCAUAAAAGUGCCGGGAGAUUCACUCGAUCAAUUCAGUUUGAUUCAAAGCUUGUUUGAGACACUUCAAUUUAUUAUUUCGUUAAAACUAAGUUCAAAAAUGAAACUCUUCAUUGUACUUUUUGCCAUAAUUGCCGCUACUGUUGCCGCUCCGCAAUUCUUCCCAGGUGGUGGAUUCAGCGGUGGUGCUGCUAAUGCAGCAGCUGGCUCACAAACAUUCAAUUCUGGCGGUCCAUUUGGUGGAUUCGGUGGGAGUGCAAGUAACGCAGCCGCUGGCUCACAGUCAUUCAAUGCCGGUGGUCCAUUCGGAGGAUUCGGGGGAUCAGCUUCUAAUGCAGCUGCUAGCUCACAAUCAUUCAAUGCAGGAGGUGGAUUCCCAGGUGGUUUCGGGGGUGGAUUCUCAGGAAGUGCUUCAAACGCUGCUGCUGGAACACAAUCAUUCGGCGGUUAAAUGAAUCAAGCUAUUCACGUUUAGAUCUUAUUUAUAAUAUGCAAUAUAUUUUGAUAUUGUAUUUAAUAAAAAAAAUUGUGAUUUUAAAACUUAUCCAAUUUGUCU